AUGUCGAAACGAGCCGCUGAUGAAGGUGGCGAGGGCCCCCUCAAGGGAGGCGACCGCCCCGAGCAGAUGGAUGUCGACAGCUUCCCCAAGGAAAUGGGCGAGUUCGAGGACGAGUUUGAGGAUGAGUUCGAAAGCGAGGACGAGAUCAUUGAGGCUGGCGUUGACGGCAGACCAGAUGCAGAGCGAGAAGCAGAGGAAAAGGAUGCCAUGGAGGUCGACCAGCAGCAGGGAACCUUCAUCGUGGGACGCCACAAACUCGAGCCCGGACAGACCCUCGCUCCCGAUCUGAGCACGUACGAAAUGCUUCACAGCCUCAGCACGCCCUGGCCCUGCCUGUCCUUCGACAUUGUCCGUGAUUCGCUCGGCGACAACCGCAAGGCUUACCCCGCUACCAUGUACACCGUCGCCGGCACGCAGGCCGAGAACACGCGCAACAACGAGAACCAGCUCAUGAUCAUGAAGUUCAGCGGCCUGAGCAAGAUGUCCCGCGGCGACGAUGGCGGGGAGUCCAGUGACGAGGACGACGACGAAGACGCCGACCCCAUCCUUGAGAGCAAGACCAUCCCCCUCAGCUCCACGACCAACCGCGUCCGAUCUCUACAAAUCCCCAGCCAGGACGGCAGGGCACCCACCACACUCACAGCCACCAUGACCGAGUCCAGCAAUGUCUUGAUCCACGAUAUUACUCCCCACCUAGCCACCUUCGACACCCCUGGAUCUACAGUUACACCCCAGCAGAACAAGCCCGUCACAACUAUCCGGGCCCACAAGAGCGAAGGUUACGCCGUCGACUGGUCGCCCACCGUCGCUGGUAAGCUUCUCACCGGUGACAACGACGGCCUCAUCUACAUGACUACGCGGACCGACGGUGGCGGCUGGCAAACCGACAACAGGGCUUUCCAGGGCCACACCGGCAGCGUGGAGGAGCUCCAGUGGUCCCCCUCGGAGCAGAGCGUGUUCGCCUCAGCAUCCAGCGACGGCACGAUCCGCAUCUGGGACGUCCGAUCCAAGGGCCGGAAGCCCGCCAUCACCAUGCAGGUCUCCGACUACGACGUCAACGUCAUGUCCUGGUCGCGGCAGACCUCCCACCUCCUCGCCUCGGGAGCCGACGACGGCACGUGGGGCGUCUGGGACCUGCGCCAGUGGAAAUCGAGCGCCAACAAGCCGCAGCCGCUGGCCAGCUUCGGCUUCCACAAGGAGCAGAUCACCAGCGUCGAGUGGCACCCGACCGACGACUCCAUCGUGGCCGUGGCCGCCGGCGACAGCACCGUCACCCUGUGGGAUCUCGCCGUGGAGCUCGACGACGAGGAGAGCAAGGGCGCCGGCGUGCCGAGCGACGUGCCCCCGCAGCUCCUCUUCGUACACUACCUCAAGGACGUCAAGGAGGUGCACUGGCACCCCCAGAUCACGGGCAGUCUGGUAGCCACGGGCGAGGAGUUUAGCGUGUUCCGGACGAUUAGC